AGCGAACUCCAGUUGGCAACGAUCACAUUGCCAGUAUAUCAGAGGAUGGCACGGUUACAUGUGACUUUAGGUACGUAUUUCGUCACACUGAACUGUGCCCGAAGGGAACAAGCGAGAUUCCGCCGUGUACUCCUGUGAAUUGUUCAGUGCAACCUUUGACGAACGGGAUCUCUCUCCCAAGUGGGGUGAUCCAAUAUCAAGACUCCGUGACCUUCACCUGCAACCGUGGCUACAAUCUGAUUGGCGCAAAGACCUCAAGCUGCACAGAUGAUGCAACUCUGACACCGCCAUCAUGUUCUGUUGUGACUUGUUCAGUACAAUCUUUGAAGAACGGGACCGCGCACCCAAGUAGGGAGAUCCAAUAUCAAGACUCUGUGACCUUCACCUGCAACGAUGGCUACAAAAUGACUGGCUCAAAUACGUCAAGCUGCACAGCUAAUGGCACUCUGGCCCAACCAUCAUGUUCUGCUGUGAUUUGUUUAGCGCAAACUUUGAAGAACGGGAACUCUAGCCGAAAUGGGGAGAUCCAAUAUCAAGACUCCGUGACCUUCACCUGCGACGAUGGCUACAAUCUGAUUGGAGCAGCAAUGUUAAUCUGCACAGAAAAUGGCACUCUGGCCCAACCAUUAUGUUCUGCAUCUCCAACAACCAUUCCAACAACCCUUCCAACAACCAGUCCAGCAACCAUCCCAACAACAGAUCCAAACACCACUUUAGCGACCACACCGACCACCACUCCAACAACCACUUCAACAACCACUCCAACAACCACUUCAACAACCCUUCCAAUAACCAGUCCAAUAACCAGUCCAACAACAGAUACAACCACCACUUCAGCGACCACAACAACCACCACUCCAACAUCCACUCCAACAACCUCUCCAACAACCACUCCAACAACCACUCCAUUCAACAGCACAACAGCAACCAGACUCAGAACUCCAGAAAACUCUCCUGGCAGCCCUGCCACGCAAGUGCAAGGUCCGGCUGAAUCACAUAAUGGUCCAAGUAAUAUCAAAAACAUUGAUGGGCACCCGGAAAUGGUCAGCGACAAUGCUGCCACUCCAACAGCUGCAACUGACACGCAGGGAGAUGGUUUGUCUUCUCAGAAAAAUGACUCCGGUGAUACUGGCUACAUCACUCCCAACGCUAGCACGCACGGAGAUAUCACUCCCAACGCUAGCGCGCACGGAGAUAUCACUCCCAACGCUAGCACGCACGGAGAUAUCACUCCCAACGCUAGCACGCACGGAGAUGGUUCGGAUGCAGCCACUACGAAGAACAAUACUGCAGACGGCGACAUUGUUCACGUCAUUGCUCUAAACUCCUCAAAUCCUCAAGUUGAAACUGAAGCAUCGGGCUACGAGAUUGCCGGCAGGAACAACUCUAAUGUCGUGCGCGGCUCUCCGACUACCUCCAAAUCAUCCACAGCAGUUCAAAAGGAAGUUGCUCAAAAUGUUGGAGAAGGUAAUAAUGGUGAUGAGGCGGAUGACAGGGGCAGUACCUUGAACCUCGCCCUUCUCUUCUCACCGCUGGUCUUAGCCGGAUGCAUGAUCCUGGCCUUUGCCGGCAUCAUGGCACGACGGAGGGGUAUGCAGAAACAGGAAUCUGUCAUGACGGCGUUCGAACCCAUCAAAAAGACAAUCCAAGAACCCUCAAGCUGGGACCGCGCGAACGAGAUGAAACUAGAGCAGAAGACAGAGGCUGCACCACUCUCCGAUCGGUCCAGCGUACGUAAGCCACACACAAAGGACGUUGCACACCUCGAAAUUGGAGAUUUCCCUGUCUACUUGCGGGAUGACGCAUCAUACAUUGAGCAGGACAUCGACGCACUGGCCAAUGAGCUCGGCGAGCCACAGCCAAAGCGAAUGGCAAUGUCCCCAUCCACCGUCGGCAGCUACAGCGUGCAGUCGUUCAAGGCAGAUGAAAUGCAGUUUUCCAACAGGGAGGACGCACGCUCUACACCCAGCAACACUGCUGCCGGCAUACACGUCAGUCGAUCACCUACUGCUGUUACCAAUGCCAACCAUGCCUUGCAACUCGAGCGACGAGCUGUCCCUGGGACAGGCCGCUUUGACCGACCGCAAACGAGCCAGCAGCGGGAAUCCGCUCAGACAGCCACCGUCACGAAGAUCGAGGCCGCGAAGUUCGGAGAGAUGAGCGCCCUGGCGCUCGCCGCCAUCAACGGCUGUGCCGCCGGAGGUGCCGCCCACAUGGCGAAGUUACCACGCCCCGGUUCCAAGAGGCACACCUCGCAGACGGCCCCGGUUAUGGAGCUGGAGCAGGGUGACAAGGAGUACGCGCCGCUCGCCGUCACCCAGUCCGCUGCCAGCCGUGGCCGGAGCACGGUCGCCAACUCGCACGUGGUCAGCAAGAGCCUGGCCUCGCAAACGGCCGCGGUCACGGAGCUUGGAGACAAGGAGUAUGAACCCCUCACGCCCCACAAGCUCGCGGCCACCACCUCGGCCAGCCAUGACAAGUCUCCUCAGCUCAGCAAAGCAACCCGACUCGAGGCCAGGAAGAGUUAAGCUGGCAAAAAACGACAACCGAAACGCGAACAUGGAACGUCGACCGAACAUUAUGCAGUGUAUGCUCUAUGUACAUGGACUAUGCUCUCUGAUAUAUUUGAAUAGAAUACUGGUAUGUGCAGAUUUGAAAUAGGAAUAUUUUUCAAAUGAGAACCUUAGUUUUCAAAGACAAAUUGCCACUUUUGUGCCCUUGGAUUUUGAGUGUAAUCCUUGAUCCUAGUAGGAGGCGAAAGUUUCAUCCAACCAUGAUAAUCCUAAUCUGAUUCGUUUCGUUUUUGAAGAUACAACACCAGUUUGUGUAUUUUGUAAUUUACCAACUGAUAAUACCCAAGGCCUGUUGAGGGAAUUCACCACCAUUAUUCGA